GCUUCUGGCUGGAAGGAGUCUUGAAAUUCAGUGUUGUGGUCUGAGGAGGUCUCAGUCUGCAUCUCAGGCUGACUGGGACCACAUAUUUGGGACCAAAGCUCCCCGCUGGUGCGAACUUCCUGUCUCUCAAAGUCGUCAAUCAUUCUGUUGCAGACUGUGAUGUGAACACACGUCGGUAUCAGCUAGCUUUCUUUUGUUAAUGAUCGGAAACAGACAAGACGCUCAGCUAAACUGUAUUUAUUGCCAUAUGCAAGUGGACAUUACCAAAGAUAAGUAAUUAAUAAGUAAGAUAAGUAUUACAUCAACCCAUGCAUUUAAACUCGACCGCUGAUAUAAUCAAGGGACUUACCUGUUUGGAAACACUUACUAGGUCGACAGUUUUCUCUCCUUGUAUUCUGAAUGUUGUACUAAAACAAUAUAAGCCUCACUAGCUUACGUUCUCCAUGAUCGACUAGCUUCAACAAACGACAGCGCACUUCCGUGUUUUGUGACUAAUGAUUGGAUAUAAAAUAUGCCGGUCAAAUGUCUGCUAUAUGAUUGGCUUAUUAUGGCAACGAGUGUCAAACUACAGCGCGAUGGUGACUAAUGAUUCGACAUAAAAUAUGUCGGUCAAAUAGGUUUGCCGAUGAUUGGCUCAUUGUGAUUUCCGGUUAAUAACUCUGCAGCUGAUUGGCUAUCCACUUGCCAGUCCGGAAGUAAAUCCCUGGUCAGACUCGUCGCAGCUCAGGUGUGUCAUGCCACUGCUGGGAGAGCCGGUGUAGGAGAUGCGAGCUGUGUUGCGUCUGGCAGUCGUGGCGGUCCCAAUGGGGGUGCUGCUGUCCCGGACCAUGGCUUGGAUGUCCAGUGGCAAAACGCAUCAAGAGCUCAUAACCAGACUGAGGGAUCAUGGUGUGAUCCACAGUGACAGAGUGUUUGAUGCCAUGCUGGCCACAGACAGAGGAAUCUACACCAGAGAUUAUCCAUAUGCAGACUCUCCACAGUCUAUAGGCUUUCGAGCCACCAUCAGUGCACCACACAUGCACGCCCAUGCUUUGGAGCUGCUGAGUGACAAACUCACCGAAGGCGCAUCAGCCUUAGAUGUGGGUUCAGGAAGUGGAUAUCUCACUGCCUGCUUUGCACGAAUGACAGGUAAGAGUGGCAGAGUGGUGGGUGUUGAACACAUUGAUGAACUGGUACAAAUUUCAAUCAAAAACGUCCAAGCUGAUGACCCAGAACUUAUCUCCUCUGGACGCGUCCGACUUGUUGUAGGAGACGGUAGGCUUGGAUACCCAGAGGGAGCUCCAUAUGAUGCCAUUCAUGUCGGUGCAGCUGCAGCCACUGUUCCUAAAGCUCUCUUGGAGCAGCUGAAGCCUGGCGGGCGGUUGGUGCUCCCAGUGGGCCCUGAUGGUGGCAGUCAGGUGCUAGAACAGUACGAUCGUCAGACUGAUGGGACCGUUCUCAAAAAAGCUUUGAUGGGAGUGGUUUAUGUCCCCUUGACAGACAAGAGACGACAGUGGCCUGGUGGCGAGCUCUGACUGCAGUGUGGUUGCCCCUGCAGGAGGUGGCGCUGGUGCUGCAUGCCUUCAGCCCUAUAGUUCCCUUGUCGUUUCCAAGGCUUCCUUGCUGAAUUGUCACCUAGACGUGCACAAGGAGGAUCUGGCGCUGUUCGCCCAACUCACUGUCUUUCUCGAGCAAUAACAGUGAGCGUUUGAAUGAGUGCACAUCUGGGAAUGUUGUCAACGUAGGAUUCAUGGGAAAACCUUGUGAUAGUGACCUCGCAAUUUACACUUUGUGUGUUUCUUAGACGAAUGUUUGAGGCUUGAAUUUCGUAAGCAAGUUGGCAGACUUUGGUUUUAAAUCCAGCCAUAAGUAAGAGCGAGCACAAAAACAAGCCAAGUAAUAACAGCAGCUUAGAGUAAAUUCUAUUUUAUGCUAGCAAGUGUUAUUCCAUACGGCAUAUCUACAAGCUGUAUUAUUAUGUAAAAUAUGCUGAGAUUGUGCCAAACAUGAUUAGUUCAGGAGAGAAAUGUUUUCUUUAUCAGACUUAUUAAAAAAAACAAAACUCUUGAUACCGAAUGUUACAUAAUUUACAAAUCUAAAACGAAAUAGAAUUUUGUGACCGUUUAGGUCACUACUCCAUAAAUAUUAGCAUUAUCGAUAUAUCUGACCUACCUUGUGAGUGUUUUAAUCCACCAUGUUAAAAUGUUACAUUUUAUUAUUAAAUAUUACUUCUGUACAAUAGUUAGUUGUGGCUUUGAAUUUGUAUUGUGUGCUGUUGUACUAUUUUUUUUUUUUUUGGAAGAAAAAUUUUUUUAUUCACGUUAAAUUUACAGUGGUCCCUCGUUAUAACCCUUGUGGAUUCGCUGUUUCAUGUUUUUUUUUUUUAUGCAAUUUUGCACGUUUUUUUUUUUUUUUACAGCAUAUGAAUGCGCAUUGCGUACUGUAUCCUUGUGGCUAUUAGAGUGAUCUGCUUUGUUGUAUGUGUCUGUUAUUGUAUUUCCUACUGCUACCAGUAGAGGGUGCUGUAUACUCAUGUGAGAGUUGAAGAUGUGUACAGGAACCCACAGUAGACAUAGCCGGCUAAAUAUAAAGCCACAACAGUCCUUAUUGGCUAAGAGAGAUCCCGCCUAUUGUGUUCUGCGUCCUGAUUGGCUGUAUACCAUUGUCAAUCAAUCUCCUUCGUGCCGUUUCCUGUUGUGGUCAAUGGUCACUGUCACUACCAGUAUGUACCCGGAACGCAAACGGUGCGGCGCACGCUCGAGGACUACGUCACUUCGUCCUUUAGCACAUUUUUACGACAGCGCUCUGCGGCGUCACGCGCUGUGGUAGAAUUUUUUAAAUGUAUGAAUAUAAAAUGUCAAUAACCAUACUUCAUAUAUGUCAUAUAUUGGGAGGUGAUUUUAUGAGUGACUCUUGUUAAAUUACUUGGUUAGCAUGCGGAUGUUUCUAUCGUAUUAUGACAUCCACCAAGACUGAGCUAUGUAAAAACGUAAGCAAUGCAAGUAGCGCAGACGUAAACGUCCUAUCUGGUUACAUGUAACAUACAUGAAUAAAUACAAUAAAACACAUCAAAUGCAGUGAUAUUUCAAUGUAAACAACCAUAACGUGAGUGCAAUGAUAGAUUAAUCUAGAGGAUUAAGCUAGAUAUUUUUCUAAACGGAGAAAUACCAUCCAUCCAAACAUAUCUUCCAAGCAAAUGCUUUCGUGUGUGUUUUUUCAGGGGUGAAAAAAACUUAAAAUAAUUUAUGGAACUAAGAUAAGAGGGCUUAUAAAUUGUCCACUUGCACCGUGGAUAUGAUAUGAGAAAAAAAAGAUUGAUUAUGUUGUAGUUUCUCCAAUUUCUAUCUUUAUUAAUAACGUUUUCUGCCGUAAAAUAGAUCGACGGAUGGCGUGCCUAACAUGUGACUGCCAAAAAAUAGGCAGACCGGAUCAAGACGCGUUCUGCACAUGUACUAGUUGAACCGAUUGCGUUCCGGGUACGUAUUGCAUAGUGAGUCGCUAGCUAACUGUGUGAGAUGCUUGCUAAUCACCAAUAAACAAUAGAAGAAGAAGAAGC